CGGAACAUAUGACUUUGUGCGUCGUAUCUCGGACAGAAGGAGAGAGAGGUUGCCUGGCAUUUAAAUCGACUCGACGUCGACGCCUGUGAAUACCGACGUGCCGGCCGAACUGUUAUAUAAAGAUCGCCGGCUUACACUCGGAGCCGUCGAACAAUACACUUGGACGAUCGCUCGCCAAAGACGCAGGCACCGCGAGAACUUGAACAAACACGUCUGCUUGAUCGACCAAAUGAACGGCCCGCACGCGCGCGCGCGCGUCUGGUGAUUACCGAGGAUAAAGAUAAAGAAACUGCGCGGAGAUGCUGACAAAGUGCAAACAAGAGCGAACGAAGCAGAGCCGCGAAGCUAAUUAUUAAGCGCGCAUCCCGGGGCAAACUAUAAUCGGCGAUACCGGGCUUGAAAAAUCGCCUUAUCGCAAUCGCGCCGUCGGCGUCGCGGCGGUUGUAUAUCACGCAGUAACUACGAUCUACCGAUUCAGCCGAAGAGCCGGCGACAUUGACUGUGACUGCCGCAUCGAGGGGACGCGAGAUAUCGCGUCCGACGACGAUUCCGCUCCGCUUCGUAGCUGCUUCUCGCCGGGCCGCCGCGCCGCGAGCGGCUCGAUCGAGUCGAAUCGCGAGACGACGCCACUUGGCCUAUCAUCGCGCUGAACCGGCGCGGCGCGGCGCGGCGCGGCGCUACAAUGUAUUCUCGCGGCUUCGGCGCGCCUCAGAGACACUAUUAUCUCCCGAUAAAACCGGCGCGCGGCACUCUCGCUGCGCAGCCGACGGGAUGACAGAUUUAUGGGAAAGCCGCGAGGGACUCUCAUUCCGGAAAGAAGCCGGAGGAGGAGAUGACAUUAUCAGGCCGAAGUCAGCCGCCAGCUUCCGCGAGCGCGUCGACCGGGAACGUGCGAUUGGAGCGUAAAGGGGAGCCGAAAUCGGCCGAUGCCCGACGUCGACAACUGGCGACAGCCGCGGUCAUUCACGGCGCGUUUAGGCCGCUCCAGGCCGCGGAUGAAUCGGAUUGAAAAGCGCUGUCGGGAGUGCUGGAGUGCUGCGAUCACCGCGGACGUCGCGCGCUCCCAUGAGACACCUACGGCACGCUGAUAACCGGACGACCUGAUCGAUAGAAUGGCACGUGACGAGGCGGACCGCGGCUGGGCAUGGGCCAUCGUCAUCGGCGUGACGGUUAUCAACCUAUCCGUGCUGCCGGUGCAACAAUGCUUCGGCCUCAUCUUCGCGGAACGCUUCGCGAGCCUCGACAUCACCGCGACCCAGACGAGUCUGAUCCUUCACCUCAACGGGACCAUCACCUGCAGCCUGGGCCUGAUUAGCGGCCCGAUGAUGAAGAGAUUCGCCUUUCGCAAGGUUGCGUAUUUCGGCAGUCUCACGGUCGUCCUUGGGAUCUGCGCCGCCGCUUUCGCUAUGUCUCUUCCGACUCUCAUUGUCACUUACUGCAUCAUCAUCGGUGUCGGCCAAGGUAUCAUCUUUCCGGCGACCAGUCUAGCAAUGAACACGUAUUUCCGCAGGAAACGCAACAUAGCCAUGGGUUUCUCCGUCACGAUGACCGGUUUAGGUCCAAUCCUAAUGCCGCUCCUGAUAGACAUCCUUCUGGAAAAUUAUGCCACAACCGGCACUCUCCUGAUCCUCGCCGGUAUCGCCACGCAUUCUGUCGUGGGCGCGUCGCUAUUGAAGCCGUUCGAGGAGAUUGAAAAGCAAGUGAUCUCGACGAACAAAGCUGCGGAAGUGUCGGAAAAGCUGAAUGGCGCAAGAAUAGAAGCCACGAGCGAUGACAACGAAACGCAACCCCUGAAGAGCAGCGUUCAAUGUCGGUUGAUAAACGAGGACAGCGUCCCGGAGGAGAGGAGACAGUCGGGCUGUCCUUUGGAGAACGGUAAAGCGGAAGAAAGAAGCGCUCUGAGGAUUGAACCGAAAGAAAGCGCAUCGGUUCUCCGAAAGAUCGCCAGGAACUUGGAUCUCGACCUGCUGCGCGACAAUCGUUACUUGGCGAUAGUGUUAGGAAUGGGCAUCUCGCUGGUAGCUGAGGCGAACUUCAACGCGAUGAUACCUUUCGUUCUGGCCGAACUGGCGAGCCUCGAUCGCACGUCGAUCGCCACGGUGAUGUCGAUCCAAGCCGCCGCGGAUAUCGCCGGCCGCCUCUGCGUGCCGCUCUUGGCGCAGAAAGCCGGCUGGACGUGCAGAAACCUCUAUAUGGUAUCCCUGCUGGGUUCGACCCUCGGAAGGACUAUCCUCUCCACCUGGGGGACCUCCUACAUCGUCGUGAUCGCAGUAUCGCUGAUCGUCGGGCUGGCGAAGGGGACCAAAGCUGUCUUCCAAGCUUUAAUUAUACCCGAUUACGUGCCACUGGAGAGACUGCCGUCCGCAUCCGGUAUCCAGAUGGUCUGCAACGGCAUCCUGUCUAUCAGCGUGGGACCUAUUAUCGGUGUGGUGCACGACGUAAGGAACAGUUACGUGGGCGCGCUUUACUUCACGUCGCUCCUCAGCAUGUCGUGCGUCUUCCUGUGGUUGAUUAUGUCUUCAGUGCUCACUCCCGAAAUGUCCACCAAAGUACCGCCGAACGGAGGCUGGGGAUGGAUAAUCGUCAUGGCUUAUGUGUUGAACAGUUUAUCGACCAUCCCGGUGAUACAGACGUUCGGCUUGGUGUUCAAGGACUCCUUCACCAAGCUCAAUCUCACCGCGACUAACACGGCGGUCAUAAUCAACGUGAACUUCGCAUUCGGUAUGAUAUUCGGUUUGUUCAACGGGCCGCUCCUCAAGACCUAUGGCUACAGGAAGGUGUCAGUGAUCGGAAGCGUACUGUUCACGCUCGGACUGAUAUUGACGACGUUUGCCAACAACCUUACCUUCAUCAUCAUCUCUUACGGCCUGCUGACCUCUGUCGGCUUAGGAAUGUCGAUGUCCGGAUUUUCCCUGGCGGUGAAUACCUACUUCACCACGAGACGGACACGGGCCAUGGGCCUGGCCGUGACUGUCACGGGCCUCGGGCCGAUCAUCAUGCCGCAAGUGACGUCCUUUCUGCUGUCGUUUUACGGCAUUCAGGGGACGAUCUUGUUGCUCGGCGGUUACAGUCUACACUCAUUGGUGGGCGCUGCGUUAUUACACCCGCUUAAGUGGCACAUGAAAACUGUGCCUCUCUGCCUAGAAUCGGUCGCUAAAGCGCCCGACAUUUUCAACAAUGCCGAAAAAGACACGUCAAGCGUUAUCGCGGAGGACGAGACGGCGCUGCAAUCUUCCAGACCGACGGCAAACAAUUAUCAAAGGAAGAGAAAAAUGUCGACCAUCGAUCACGAUAGCGAGGUCGGAAGCAUCUACGGGUUCGAUACGCCUCUACCUCGUCAGACUUCCGUAGAGGCUAGGAUAAACGCCUCGUACGAAGCGAAUUACGAUAUCGAAAUGUCGAUAUUAAACGGGACGUCGACGACGAAUUUGCAAGACAGCCGCAAAUACCUGAGGCAUCCAUGGUCGAAUUCGACGAAAAGUAUAAACAGCGUCAAUCUCGGCAGCAGCAUGAAGAUCUUCGAGGAGUCUGUGCCGAUAACAAAAAAACUGACCUUCAUCGACGGCAACGAGGCGAAUGGAAAUUGUCAGAACGUGGAGAAAGAAUCGCUGGUUGAGAAAAAGGCCGUCAACUCUUCGACCGUAGUGAAUGGCGACGACGACGACGACGACAACGAGGAAAAUGAGUCCAUCGUCAGGCGAUUUCUGCGAUGGUUGGCUGCCAUGUACGAUCUCGAUCUGCUGCGCGACUCAACCUACGUGAACAUGAUGUUGGGGAUGUCGGUGGCGAUUUUCGCGGAGGCCAACUUCUCACUACUGACGCCGUUCAUUCUGGCCGACAUGAACAUGACGACGGCAGAAAUUGCCAGCGCCAUGAGCCUCAUCGCGACGAGCGAUCUUAUUAGCAGAGGCGCCGCUCCCUUCCUGGGGGAGUGGCUGCGUCAGUCGGCUAGGAUGAUGUACCUGCUGAGCCUGUGCCUUCUGAUAAUUAGCCGAACCUUGCUGCUCUUCGCCAACAGCAUUACCUCGGUGAUGAUCGUGGCGGUCGGUCUGGGAAUAGCCAAAGGGAUCCGAUCGGUUUACAUGGUCCUGGUGAUCCCCAGUUACGUGCCCAUCGAGAAAUUACCUAGCGCCUCGGCGAUCCAGAUGCUGACCAACGGGAUCAUCCUCACAUGCGUCGGCCCCGUAAUCGGUUUGAUACGAGACAGCGUCGGCAGCUACACCCCCUGCAUCAUUCUCAUCAACUCUGUGACCGGCGUCACGGUGAUUAUGUGGCUGACGGAGAUGGUCAUUCGGAUGAGGCGAACACGCUGGACAGCGAAGUCGUCCGAUUCCAUGACUUCGUAGUAACACACCGAAUAAUAGUACGCCUCUGUAAAUAAAUUAUUCGCGACUACACACACACACACACACACACACACACCACUUGUCGUCGUGUAAGAGAGCGCGGCUGUGAGUCAACUUGAAAAGCGCGGAGGAAGAGUCACAAGAACUCAACGUACGCGAUUCUCUCGACUUCACGUGCGAAGCGUGAAAGGAAAUUAAAAGUCCCUACGCGUCUGUUAUGUUAGACGGCGCGUUAGAACUUCUCCCCCGCGCGCGGGGGCUACGCUCGCAAUUAAGGCCGUGUCCUUGUUCGAUAUCAUUUACCGCAAAAGUGGCUCUAAUUACAGCGCCUCGGCCGCCUCGGCGACAUUGUCGGCGGCUGGAGUGUUCGAGACGAACAGCCACGAUACACACUGUACAGACAAUGGAACGCCUUUUCCCACCUCCUUCCGGCGGCAGUUCUCACGUCUCUCGCCGCGACGGGCAACGUGCGAUCUCCUCUUCAAGAGACCCGGAAAGGAAGUUCGAAGGUCAAUGAAAUGUAGAUAGUGUUGCAUCGAGCCGGCCGAUCUAUUCAGCGCUGUUACACAUUCAUCUGGCUCUCGCACCGGCUUCUCGCUCAUUAAAUCUCCAUGAUCUCUAUCGCAGCGCGAUAUCACUCGAUUUUCCCCUGACGCGGGAAGUGAAGCGUACACAGAGAAAAAUAUCGUUCUACUGCUGAGGAAAGCGAUUACUCGCGAGGAAACAUAGGGAAGUUCAAAAGAUUCUGAAACUUUGUGUGAAAGUAAAGUAGUUUAUCCGUAAUGCAAAACUAUUUUUUGUUCGCGCGGAAUUCCAGUCUAAGGGGAUGAAACCACCUUUCGAGCAAGAAAAUCAUUUUCAUUUCUAGCGUAUAUCUUUUAAAAUACGAGGCAUAUGUGCAAACAUGGUUUAUAUAAAAGUUAUAGGGUAUUUUAUACUCUUUGCAACUGCGUGUAUUCAGAUUUCGCAAAAUUUAAACAUUUUUUAAAUCCCCUCGGCCCUCCACCAAUUUUGCAAACUCUGAAUACACAGCUGCAAAGAGUAUGAUAUACACUACAACUUUCACACAAACCAUUCUUCCUCUUUAGAGAAUAUCAUGAAACUUGUAAUCUCUGUAGGAAGUAAACUGAAGGAUUGCUUGAA